AUGACUAUUGUCAAUAAUCUCAGCAAAGGGACGUACUGCUGGAAGAAGUGGGGCGGUGCCGGAAGCUAUGUCAGGUGUGCUCGGGAUUGGAGAGAAGUAAGGGGAAGUACUGCCGGAAGAAGUGGAGCGGUGCCGGCAGCCAUGUCAGGUGCGCUCGGAAUUGGAGAAAUAGGAGGAGGAACUGCUAGAAGUGGCGGAGAGGCGUCAGCAGCCAUGUCAGGAGUACACAGGUUAGGAGAAGGAGGAGGUUGCACUGCCCGGAAGGCUCAGGACAGCAUCAGCGACAGUAGUGGGAAAGGCAAAACCAGCCUCCGAUGA